ACGCACGCACGCACGCACGCACAGCGACAAGCGGGCGGGGGACGAGGGAGAGAUUGGAGGCGCCCCGCCCAGUCAGCAGGGUUACCCGUCCCUCGUGAGACCGCCAAGAUGGUGGUGGGUGCGUUCCCCAUGGCGAAGCUGCUAUACUUGGGCAUCCGGCAGAUCAGCAAGCCGCUUGCCAACCGCAUUAAGGAGGGCGCCCGCCGAAGCGAGUUCUUCAAGACCUAUGUCUGCCUCCCGCCGGCUCAGCUGUACCACUGGGUGGAGAUGCGGACCAAGAUGCGCAUUAUGGGCUUCCGGGGCACAGCCAUCAAGCCGCUGAACGAGGAGGCGGCCGCCGAGCUGGGCGCCGAACUCCUGGGCGAGGCCACCAUCUUCAUCGUGGGCGGCGCCUGCAUGGUGCUGGAGUACUGGCGCCACCAGGCGCAGCAGCGCCGCAAGGAGGAGGAGCAGCGCGCGGCCUGGAUCGAGAUGCAGGACGAGGUGGGCCGCCUGGCGCUGGCGCUCGAGGCGCUGCAGGCGCAGGUACAGGCGCAGGAGGCGCCGAGAGCCCUGGAGGAGCUGCGGGCGCAGAUGCAGGAGGUGCGCGCCCAGCUCUGCACCCGGGACGCGGAGACGCGGUCCAAGUCCACGCCCAAGGCAGUGUCCACGUCCGAGAAAUAAGCGGCUGCUGAAGCCUGAACUUGGAUGUGGCCAUGUGUGCCCUACUGUGCUGGCCCAGCGGAAGCCACUGAAAUGUUGAUGAACUUGGCCGUUGGUCACCCCCUGCUCACCAGUGGUAGGACCUUGCACAGGGACUGGGAAGCGUUCCAACAUAGCCCCCCUCCUUAGCUCAUUGGUACAGCCCACAGUGCUCAUCUCCACCUCAUCCCAAACCUCACCGACCUUUUAGGGCCCAGCCAGCAGGACAACAUGCUCACUCUUCCGGCAGAAGGGAAGGAAAACGUGGAACCGGGACCUCAGCUGAAUCAGCCUGUCAAGCUCCCCAUUUACCUGGACGGAUCAGUGUUACCUUCCCCGGGACACUCAUCAAUUACACUGAACACCCCCUUCUUUUGAUCACUUGGUACAGACCAUUGUAAGGAAUGCUGUGUCUUUCCCUGGACUUCUGUCCCCUUUAUCUUAAGAGGGGGGAAAAGGAUCCUGGCUUGCAAUUGAUCCACCGAAUAUCUUUCCUUAACCUGAUCUGUGAGACCUUCUCCUGAGUCCGCAAGUGGAAUAUUCUAACAGAGCCUCCUCCUUCAGUCUGUGGCACCACCCACUGGAUGGCUGUGCUGGUCUUCUCAGGCAAUGCCCUCCCAAGCCCCCUGACGUGGUGGACAACUUGAUUUUGCCCAGAGCUCAUCAACCUGCCUUUCAGCCUCAGCUUCCUGUUUACCUGUCCCCAGAGUCCCCAGGGCUUUCCUGACUGUCCUUUCCUACCUUCCCAGGGGCCUCUCUCAGGGGCCGUGGAUUAGAUGAUCACAUCCCCCAGGUUUCCUUUAAAUCUGCUCAUCUGUGGGCUGCUCCCCUCCCCUGGGGCUCCAGACUGGUCCAGCCGUCCCUCUUCAUGCACUGGUACCUCCUGCCUCCAUAGCCCCAAGUGCCACCUCCAUCUCCCUGGUGUGGGCCCCUCGUUGGUCUUCCCUUUAGCAGUUUCCUAGGGCUGCCAUAACAAAUUGCCACGAACUUGGUGGCCUAGAACAACCAGAAUUUCUUCUCUCCCAGUCCUAGAGGCCACAGAUCCAAAGUCAGCUGUCAGCACUGCCUCCGAAGGCUCUAGUGAGGAUCCUUCCUUGUCUCUCCCAGCUUCUGGUGCCUCCAGGUGCUCCUUGGCUUGCGGCUGCAUUCUCUCCAGUCUCUGCCUCCAUCCUCACGUGGCCUCUCCUCUUCUGUCUCUUAUAAAGACACCUGGUCAUUGGAUUUAGGGCCACCCUAACUCUAGGAAAGACCCUUUUCCCAAAUAAGCUCACAUUCACAGGUUCCAUGGGUAAGGAUGUAGACAUAUUUUUGGACGAGGGGGGGGUGCCAUUCACCUCACUACACCUCCCCACGCCAAGAGUGUGCUGGGACUCCUGCUGACCCCAUGGGACAUUUGCCCUUCCCCACAUGAGAGAAGAACAGUCCAAGGAGAGCUUCUAUUUUUCAGACUGUAGGUGUUUCCAAUUAAAGGAGCCCUUAGAUGUAGUCGUCCUAAGGACUCAGAACCAUUACAUGGAUCUCCAGAGUGGGUACAAAGCUCAUUAAAAUUAAGAGAGAAGCUGAGAGAUCUGAUGGCGGUGAGUCUAAAGUCAUCCUAUGAACUGUCCCAGAUGGGGAAACUGAGGCUCGGGAAACCAAGGGACUUGCCCAAGGCUAGGAAGCCCAUGAGGGAUGGGAAUCAGUGGCACUGGGAGGGAAACAGGAGCCCAGAUUACCCUCUUCAUGCAGGUGCAGGGUGCUUGAGGGUACAGGUGUGGGGCAAGAAGGGAGAUGAGAGGGAGGCAGAUCACCGGGGGAGGGGUGGGAAUCUCUUCCGAGCAGUGCUGAUGGGUGGCCCUCCAUCCCCAACCACAGCAACCGGAGAUCUUGGCAUUCAGUGAAUGGGCUUAGUCAGACAUCUGGGCCCUUUUCCAGGAAAUGGGAGAGGCAGGUUUUCUGUUAAAAACGCCCUGGACACCAGACCUGGUAGAAAGCCGGUAAACUGGGUUUGUGAAGCAUCAACUCUUUACAGAAGAAGGGGAGAGGCUGGUGUAGAGGGAGCGGAGGUGGGUCAUGGGUGGGGUGUUUCUAAAGUAGGAGUGACCCUGCCCUAACCGGUUUGGCUCAGUGGACAGAGCAUCGGCCUGUGGACUGAAGGGUCCCAGGUUCGAUUCCGGUCAAGGGCAUGUACCUUGGUUGUGGGCACAUCCCCAGUAGGGGGUGUGCAGGAGGCAGCUGAUCGAUGUUUCUCUCUCAUCGAUGUUUCUAACUCUCUCUCCCUCUCCCUUCCUCUCUGUAAAAAAAAAAAAAUCAAUAAAGUAGGAGUGACCCGAGCGGGUUAAAUGCUGAGGGAAAGAAGGCAAGCGAUACCAGUGCAUGGGAGGGUGGUGGAGCCAGGUGGGCAGGCUCAGUGCCUGGUUUCCAUGGUUACCCCUGGGCGGGUUCACUCUGGCCCUGACACAUCUCUGGAGGACAGGUUGCUGGACACCAGGGAUCUUGACUGCCAGCCCCUCCCCCAUCACGUUAAUGAACAGCAGUCAGGUGGAAUCCAUUGAGCUCUGGGUGGGUGUCAGGCACUGUUCUAAGUGCUUUACGUAAUCCCAGUGGCAUUUUCUUCAUUCACGAAGAAGCUGAGGCACAGAGAGGGCAAGUCACUACCUGCCCAAGAUCACACAGGCAGGGAAGAGGAGGAGGUGGGAGCCUAAGCCCCUGACCCUGAGGUAGCGCUGUGCUCACGUGUGAGAUUGAAAACAGCCCUGCCCUGGCCAGUUGGGCUCAGUGGAUAGUGCAUCAGCCUAUGGACUGAAAGGUCCCGGGUUCGAUUCCAGUCAAGAGCACAUGCCUGGGUUGUGGGCUUGAUCCCCAAUAGGGGGUGUGCAAGAGGCAGCCAAUCAAUGAUUCUCUCUGAUCAUGGAUGUUUCUCUCCCUGUCUCUCUCUGAAAUCAAUAAAAAUACGUUAAAAGAAAAAAGAAAACAGCCCCGUGUGUCUUGACGUGGCCAGACCUGUGGGAUGCAACAGCUCCACCCACCGGGUGGGGCUGGGAUCAGGGUGUGUGCGGGUGGGAAGAGCGCCCUCUCAAAAUACACAUCGCUCCGACUCACUAGCAAAAAUGUUGUAUGCAUUUGUGACUUGGGGAGAGAGGGGUUAGAAUAAAUU